UAUAUUUCGUUUUAAUUUACAAGUUUUCCAUCGUUCAUAAUUUUAAUAUUUUUAUACCGUUUUAUACAAUAAUAAAGUGUUUAUAGAUAGGCGUAAUUACAACGUAAACAUAAAGUUACUACACCAAAAAGGAGUUGAGGCGCAAAAUUUUACGGAGGGAAUUUUUCGAGUAUUAGGCGGUUUAAGUUCGACCAAGUUUCGGCCGGCCGGAGUUUGACAGUUCGCCGAUUGGAAAAUUUAAAAAAAUUGACGUUUUGAAAUACAACAUGGCGGACUGUGUGUUUGUCAUCGAGUUCGGCGGGUUCGACGACCUCGCCGGGGUCCACUAACAAUGCUCAACUUUCAUAACAUUUGACGGCUGCUGUAUCCAUGCGGCGGUGACGCGAUGUCUGUCGCGCCAGCGGUCAAGCGCGAGCUGGACCUGGAGAGCGGCGGCAGCAGCCCCGGCCGCAAGCGCCGCAAGCAGGCGGCCCCCACGCGUGCGCAGCCGCAGCACCUCGCGCCCCCGCCCAUCGACCUGCACGCCAAGAUGGCCGACAUCUACAAGAGCGCCCUCGCCUUCGGGGAGCUCGCCCUGCCCACCUUCGACCCGCUCGCAGCUUUCCGCCUGCUGCCGCGGCACGAGCCCCCGCGUAUCUUCAACCCCGAGGCAUACUGCGACCUCUGCUGCAAAGAGUUUUGUAACAAGUAUUUCUUGAAGACCCAUCGCGCUAACAAGCACGGGAUCUACGACGGUGGCGACCCGCAGCCAGCCGCCCCACCACCCGCGCAACCCUCGCCCCCACGUCGCUCCUCCGAUGAGGAGUCAGGGGGAACACCACGUCGUCUCUCACCAGAUUCGGCCCGGCGUGCGCGAGAGUCCGGUUUCCAGCCUGACGCACUACGCCGGUUAGGAGUGGUCAAUCCUGAAGCGUUUUGUGAAAUAUGCUGUAAAGAGUACUGUAACAAAUACUUCUUGCGAACACACCGAGAGCGGCGGCAUGGUGUACCCGCGCGUCGCUCGCCCAUCAACGACCAUUCUCCUCCGUCAGCCACGCCACCUGCCGGCCCGCUGUGCACACCACUGGGCACUCCUUUGACGACACCGCUGACAACACCACCAGCGUUAUCAGGACCACCUCCUGACACGCCACCACGCUCGCAUUCUCUACCACCACCAUUAGACCCUGAAGAAAUGGCUGAAGUGAAACGUGAAUGUGAAGAAGACCUAGAAGCUGCGUUACGUGAUGGCCAAACAAGUCCACUGAACCUUAUAGUGGAAGAGAGGGGCGUGCCCUCGCCCGGCUCUGCGAGCGAAGAGCUACGCAAGCUGCAGACGAUGAUAUCCCAGCUUAACGAGCUAGCAGCCGAGCGACUGGCGGACGAGCCCAACGACCCGGGCCCGCGCCCCCCCUCCGCCUCGCCUCCACCACCUGACGAGCGACGCGCCUCCUCCUCUGGUUCGAGUUUCUGUGAGAUUUGCAACAAGGAGCUGUGCAAUAAAUAUUUCAUGCGUACACACAUGCAGCGCAUGCACGGCAUCUCACUAGAGAGUGGCACGCAGUUAGGCGGGGUCACGUGCGACAUCUGCCACAAGGAGCUGUGUAGCAAAUACUUCCUACGCGUGCACAAACACAACACGCACGGCAUCCCAGCGCCACCCGCACCAGCUACCACUGCACCAGCCGAGCCAUGCCCACUGUGUGCGCGAAGGUUUCGUGGCCCACGCGCACUACGAGCGCAUUUAUUAGCUGAGCAUGCUCCCCCGGCGCGGCCCCCACCACCUCCCCCACGACCUCUGGACUUGCUCGCGCGAGAUAAGCCUUACGCCUGCUCGUAUUGUCCAUUCACCACCGAUGUGCUUGCGUUCCUGUUCGCGCACGAACGCGCGCAUGCGCAGCAACAAGCGAUAGAGCCACCCGAACUGCCACCCGAGCCUCCUGGAAGUGCCUGCGGAAGUGAGAUGGAGGGCGGCGAGGUGGGCCCCGAGAGCGGCGAGGGUGAGGGUGAUGCGGACGCGCAGUACUCGUGUUCGCGCUGUGAGUUCCGUGCGGAGGGCUUUGCUGCGCUGGAGGCGCACCUGCGUGCGGCGCACGGCGGCGCGGGCGCGUUGCUGGCGGUGCCGCGCGCGCCUCAGGCCCCGCUGACUAUGCAGCCCUUCGUGGUGGAGGAGGCAGGCGGCGCGCUGAGCCUGGUGCCGGCGCUGGUAUUUCUGCCAGUGCGGCGCCGCGCCACGCGCCGCGCGACCGUCACGCUGACGCUGACGCCGGCCUAACGGCCGCGGCGCGACGCGGGCGCACGCGGCCAGCGAUUACACCGCCGCGUGCGCGCGCAUACGAUCGCUGAACUCUACUAACUACAUUUAACGCUGUGUGCCUUCAAGCGAUUGCUGAAAUAUUAUGAGACGUAAUUUGUAAAGGAGAAGCUGCCGCGGCCGCCCGCUCGAGCGCCACACCGCGCGGCGGCCCCCGGCCUCUUUUUGUCAGAGUCUAACUUCAUAUAUUGAGAAUUAUAUUGAACGGGUGAUAUAUGAAACGUUGCCGCUUAUAAAUUCGAUUAUUUAUUAUUAUCUCCUCGAUGUUCCGUCGGGUCGGUCCGAGACGAGUUUAUGAAACGUCGAUUUCGAUCGGGAGAAGAAAUACACCCUAGGAGUAAUUAUUAUUUAAAGGUAUUGUAUCGGUGAGUGCGCACUCACGAUAGCGUCGUAGUACCGGUGCGAUGUUGAUCACUGAGCAGCGCGGCUGCGCGCGCGCAGUCCCCUCUACCGUACUACCGCGUACUACUACUACGACAACCGCUCUACCUCACCUCGUUAGUUUUUAUAUUAGCUGUUAUUGUAUAAAUUAUAUUUUGGAGUUACAAUAAAGUACAAAUAUACUAAGUUAGUGCGUUACAGCGCGCCGGACGGAGGCCGCGCGCACACGUUAGCUACUCGAUACUAUUUAUUGUUGUCUACGAGUGACUUAAAGCACAAAGAUACGUACUAUUGGGCAGUGAUCAACAUUAAACGUAAUUUUAGUAUUAAAUUUGAUUAGAUAUGUGGUCGUGGGGCUCGGUGAGACGGGUUUUGUUGUGUCACACACCAAUAUAUAUAUAUACGGGUCCUUGUGUUGGGGCGCGGGGCUGAGCUAGGCGCGCCCCGCCGCAUUAUUUGUGUAUCGUAAACAUUAUGUGUUACUGCGCCGGCGCACCGCCGCUCCGCUCUGCAACAAUAUAAACAGCUAUGACCGCUUUAAAUUUAAACUAAUGUUUUGAAUUCAACGUUUUACGAUGUACAUUAUUAAUAGUUAUAUUAACUGCCAUCGAAAAAGACUGAACAUUUAAUAAUUCACGUGUCUGGCGGGGUGGAGCGGCGCACGCGUCGCUUAUAUUAUUAUCUUGAUAAUCAAGACUUAUUUGAUGGGUAAAAUGGUAACAAAGUUUGUUUAAAUAAUUCAUUAUUGGUAGAUCAGUGUGGAGGUUAGCUUGUACAAACCAUGCAGCUUCUAAAGAAAGUUCCUAUGUAUGUACGUAAGUUGUAAUUUAAAUUUAAUGAAACUAGAGGUCGCCCCCGUGACGGCUCCGGACAGGCAUCGAACCUGAUUGUUGAGGUAAUCAUUGUGAUGAUGGAUCAGGGUAACCCUUAUCAGGACAGAGUGCUUGUGGUGGAAACGCCAUGCCGAUUAUAAAAUGACAAAAUGAAAUUGAAAAUAACUAUGACAAAUAAUAUUCUCUUUCAUUUUUAUAUCACUUGAAAAAGAAACUGUUUUCGAAUGUAUUCUGUCCAAGUUCUGUUCUAUCUAUCUACAUUCGUUUUGUUUCCAACGAAACAAGAAUCCUAUGAAGAUGUUUACUUCAAAUACUUGUAGAGUUCCUAGACAAAGUUCCAAGCUGAGAUUCCUACUCCAAAACGUCAAAAUUAGUCAUUAGAGUUCAAAAUAAAUGCAGAGAGAAUUAUUUUGAAUACCUUCCGACGAGUCUUCCGGGAGUAUAGCCAAACGAGGCCUGCACGGAGCCGAGGCGCGGGCGCGCGAUACAACAAAUUAUAUUAAUAACGUUUUAAAUAAUAACAAAUUAAUACAAUUGUACGCGUGGUAAGAUCUUAAGCCAGCGGCCAUUUUCUAGGAGCAUCCGUGGAACAAUAGUAGAGGGUGCCGGGUUUUUAUUAUAUUUGGAGAAUGGACGCUCGCUCGGAUCGAGAUCAUUGGAUGUAGUGAAAAAAAUGUAUUAAAUAUUGUGUUCAGGAUGUUUGUUUUUCCAAAAAAUGCGUUGUACUUGGUGUGGAGACCAGUUUAAGGGUUGGGGACGUAGCAGAGAUGAUUCACAUGAAAUAUAUACUUACUAUAUAAUAUAUAUUUGGUGAGGUCCUGUUAUAAUGUUGUUGGACCUCACCUUCUACCUUCACAAUAUACGUAUUACCAGUGCUACUCGUAAUAGGGAGAACCAUAUGAUGACCCUGUAAGAGAUUUUAAUUAUAUUAGGCAAGUUAUAUAGUAUUUUAUUGUAGGCAUUAACUCAUAAUAGGUAUUAACGCAAAGCUUGUUGAAAUAACACAGAUUACAUAGAAAAUUAUUAUAAGCAGCUAUCAGAAAUAUAACAGUAGAAUGAAUAUUAUUAAAUAACAUUUUCAUAAUAGUCAAUUAUAUGAAUUUGGUUAUAUUAAUAAAUAACUUUUCAAAAUAAAUAAAAACCGCGCGCAUUGUAAUAGAAACUGCUACAAAAUUAAGCAACUGUAAAAACAUUACCCUUUCAGACCGUUGUUAUUAUUAUUAUUAGGUAAAUUACAAAAAAGGGUAAUAAUUACAAUGUAAAAAUACCUAAUAAUAAAAAUUAAUAUAAAAAGUUGGUGCUAACAAUAUUU